GUCAAAACUGUCAUGACUAAUGCUCUUGAUCGCCAUCUUGGUAGCUUCGUCGAUAAAGCAAGCUUAUAACUGCCUGGUAUAUUUGUUAUCGCUGCUCAUAUCAAAUGCGAAUGCAUUACAAGUUAGAUGCUGGUCUAGAUUAUGGGCCCUCGGAUUGUUGAUAACACUGUUGGUAACAGAAUCUCUCUUCAAUCUCGCAUCCCGAUAGACCAAACCACUUCAAAGUCGCCUUGUAUUCGGACGCCUAAGGAUACGCCGGGAAUCGCGAACGGGAAAUCGUAAGCCCUUCGUCUUCUUCAUAGCACCGCGUAAAGCGACAUCCAUAAUGAAAACAGAUGCAAGACAACAAAAAUUACGGGAACUACGAUCCACGAAGGAUAAUAGAAGAGGGUU